CGGUCACUUUCACCAAAACAAAAAACACUUCGCUCUCGCUAGCUGUUUAGUCAUUUUGUUUCAGACGAAAAAAAUGGUUUAAAUUCACAAUCCUAUGCCAUGUGCACUAGACGGAAACUCUAGUUAGCAUUAGAUAGCGGAAACAUUAUAUAUUUUUUAUAUUUUAUCCACCAUCGAGACAAAUAAUAUGGUCUAACCGAGUCCCAACAUCAAGUCUCCAUUUUCUGUUUACAAUGGCAAGUUUUGAAGAAUACUCGUUGAAAGGGAGUAGGGAUGGUAAUACUGCUUACAGCCUUCCUAAGCAUCCCUUCAAAAGAUUCCAAGCAACAUUGGACAAGUUUAUAAAAGUUGCCUUGCCAACAGACAUUGAACGUCUUUGUAGACACCAGGUCAACAUGGAAAAGUUUUACAAGUCAGAAUUGUGGCGUGAGUUGACAGCAGAGCAGAUCAAUGCUGCAAGGACAGUUCAGCAAGUGAAAGCAAAUAUAAGUCAAAUGGAAAACACCAGAAAACAAGUGCUUGACUCUGAAGUUCACCUUUUUGAUGAGAAAGUGGCACCAAUUAAAGAGGAGGCCAUGGCUACAGUGAGAUCUUUCCGUAAAGUUCAGAGACUAUAUUCUCAGCAAGGUGCCUUGCAAAAAGGUCAGCUGGGUAGGGAAGUAAAAGGGGAGACGCCACAGCUUCACCCAGACCACCAGCAACUACAGCAACUACAGCAACAUGUAAUAGAUGAGUCAGCAGUUGCAUCUUGGGAUGCACUAAGAGAUAGCCUUAAAGAAUUGAAUGAACUUAUCCAUGAUUUUGCCAGUAUUGUUCAUGACCAGCAGUCAUCGCUUGACACCAUAACAGACAACAUUGAACAAGCCCAUAGUAAUGUACAGGUGGCGACAGUCGAACUUGGGAAGGCAAGCAAGCUGAAGGCUGCCAUGUAUCCUGUCAUGGGUGCUGUGGUGGGCGGAGUGGCUGGUGGACCUGUUGGGCUAGUGAUGGGGAUGAAAGUAGGGGCAGCGGUAGCCUUCGGGGGAGGCGUACUGGGAUACUUUAGUGGGCAAUACAUCAAGAAACACAGACAAGAAGCCACCGAAAUUGAACUAAAAAAACUCAGUUCAAGUCACCAGAAUCAAAUAGUUAAGAAAGGUCUCUAGGUGGAUGCAUGUUUUGUUGAGAGUGCCUUAACCAAAAAUGGUAGUUGUUGAACGCGGUCAGUUCCAUAUAAGAAGACUAUUCAAAUCCUUAUUUGGAAUACCUGCAAGCUCACAGUCGUUGUAAGGUUGCUGCAUAUCUGGAGCUUUGUAAACUUUUCAAAUUCGAAUUGAAAGACUAUGAUUUUGAGCAGUUUUGGUGAAUUGAGAGUGCCCCUGCAACACAACCGACAUUUUGGAGACGUCUUUCAGUACAAAAGAUGACAAACAAAUUGGAGUGUAAUAGUGCGAGAUUUAUAAAAAUAACUUCGUUAUAACUUUUUUUCUGAUUUGUAACAUUUACAUCGUACAGCAUUAUUCAGACCCGCUGUUUAUCGCGAUAUAUUUUACCUUUUGUAAUUAAAACAAGAGGCAACCUCAGAUGGGAACAAUAACGUAGUGAGACUUGCCUCUGAACUAAUUAUAUGAAUGCUGCAUUUUAAUUUGUUAUGACAUACUAAAAGCAAGAUCAAUAAAGUCGCCAAUGAUCAAGGA